UCAACAGCGCCGCGGUAAUCGCUGCCGUGACGUAGUGACUUUUAUUUUGAAAUCAAAGGACGUUAAAAGGUUCCUGUCGGCCAUCUUAAAAUCUGUUAGCCCUCUGAGUCACAGUGUUCAGCUAAUUUGUUUAAAUAAUAUAAAAACAUAUAUAUGCUGUAUAUAUGUAUAUAUAUUAUUUAUAUUUAUUCAUAUAAUUCAGUUUUAUUGUAUGAUUUUACACAAAAAUAUUUUUUAUUCAGUAAUUUGUGCCUUUAGUGUUGUCGCCUUCAGGGGUUAAUGUUCCUGAACUCGGUGAAUUGAACAUAUUUCUCCGCACAGUUGGCUAGUUUAUUUUGCCGGCUCAGUUAUGGAUCCUCUGAGCCGGCUGAACGUCACGCGUCUUCAGGAUCCGCUUCCCACGCCUCUGGAUCUCACCAAGCAGAUCUCCGAGGCUCUGGAUCUGGUGCGGAAGAAGCGGAGCCGGAGCGACCACGCCUCAGGGACCGACGGUAUCCGUUCUCCUCGCUCGGAGUUCGGGUACGAGUCCACAUGUGUGCCUUUAAACGCCUCCCUGCCAAACGGGCUCGCCCACCAACCUGCGAAGACUCUGAUGAUCGCUACGGGAAACGUCCAGACUGAUGACGUGACUGUAAAAGAAACCGAGUGGCAGCACAGGACGGGAGGGGGAAAAAACGAAAGGAAGGGCGCUCCUCCAUCACGAUUACGUUCCUGGUUACCCACUGUCGAAAUCCUGUCGUCGGAGUGUUCCGGAUCCGUACAUGUGGAGAGCAUUUCCAGCGAUGACAGCGGUGUGAUCGAAAAUUCUUCUCCGAACCUGAUAGAAUGGGACGUGAUCCAGGAUAGCGACUCGGUGGAAUCCAGAAACAUACCGUCUACCUCAGAGGCGGAAAAUACAGACUUCUUUAAGCCGACACAGAAUGGAUCAACGUCAUCGUCAUCGUCGAGCCAGGAGAGGGCGCCAGCGACUAAGGAAAAUCAGAGAAACCAACAGCGCGCCAGUUCUUCAGCAGGCAAGAAAGCAACAGCGAGUGCGGCGAAGAGGAGGAGGAAGAAGAAGAAGCGCUCCGGUUUAUCCUCCUCGUCGUCUGCGUUUCCUUCCCACGAACCCGAGAUCAAGCUGAAGUACGCGAGCUGCAAGGAGGGGAAGCGAGAAAGCAGAGGGAAAUCCUUCGCACCAUACGUCCGCAUGGAGUUCUCUGCCUGCACCGUCGUCAACUUCGAGGAAGACGGCGACUUCCAGGCGAGGAAGCCCCGACAGCCCGUGACGUCCCCCGGGAUCGUCCCCACCACGUCGUGUUUCCAGCUGGGACGCCUCGGGUCAGAGGGCAAGCGGCAGACCGGCGAGAUGUGCUGCCUGUGCGGCCGGAUGGCCAACGCCACAGGUUUGGGCGACCUGCAUGGACCGUACCAUCUCCACGGACCCGACAGGAAGACGUCUGCGGAUCUCCUGAUAAACAGACACGAAGAUGCCAGCGCAAAGAAGAAUCGGACGUCAGUUGAGGUCGGAGAACGCUGGGUUCACGAGGACUGCAGUAUCUGGUCGGCAGGCGUUUUCCUCGUUAAAGGAAGGCUGUACGGACUGGAGGAGGCGGUCAGGAUCGCGCAACAAGCCGUCUGCUCGUGUUGCCACAGAUGUGGUGCCACGCUGGGAUGCUUCUUCAAAGGCUGCCCGAAUAAAUACCACUUCCCCUGCGCUCUCCAGGCUGAAUGUGUGUUUAAUGAGGAAAACUUCACUCUGAGAUGUCCGAAGCACAAGAGUAAAUCAGGACUCGGCGUGAGCAGACUGCAGAACAGGUGAACUCGUGUGAUUUUCGUGAAUGGGCGCGUGAGAGUUCACAUCAGGGUUUGUUGUCCUUCACGUACAGUAUUGAAGUGUUUACAUUCUCCUCACAUGUAGAGGAACGUCUCUGAAACCCGACUGCCUUCACCUUCACUGCCGCUGCCUUUUUUCAGUAAAUAAGCGUUUGUUCUGAGCGCGCUGAAAGUUUUUAUUCAGCCACGCCUCGUUCCUUUAUCGGAUUUCAGAGCCUGAUGUUCAUCCACUUGUUUUUUUUAAUGAUGUGUUUUUUGUUGUUAUUGUUUUGUUGUUAUUGUUUUCCAACCAAAAGGGUGUUUGCAUUUUUUAAAAAAUUUUUUUUACUUUAUACUCGAUAGAGCCCGGUGCUGGAUUUCUUUUAAAAAUGUUCCGUAUUUAUGAUUGAAAUGUAAAGGGUGUUGUUAAUCGUUUGGACGGUUGAGAUCUCCCAGUGGUCUGCUCCGUAUGUAACGCCAGUCUGUGAUGCUGGGCGUGCCGGUUCUGCUCAGACGGUACUGUAUGCACUAUACGUUAACAUAUUUAUUCUUAUUUAUGAUUAAUGCCUACGUGUAUUUAUUCACAGAUGAACAACCUCAGCUGAAAUGUCUACACACUUUUUGGCACUUUACAAAUACAGGGAUUUUUAAAUAUUAUUAUUAUUAUUAUUAUUAUUAUUAUUAUUGUUCAGGUGAUCGGACAUGACGUCUGUGUGUCUGUUGCACUUUUUGUCCAGGGGACAAAGUUUAUGGCCUGAGAUUUGGAGAAGGCGUGUGUAGGAUUUCAGCCUAUGCCAUUUUUUUUUUUUUUUUUUUUUUUUAAAUCUGUAUGUUCUAAUAAACAUUUCUUACACUGUG